AUGGCCGAGAGGCUGGCUGCCAUGGCUCCCCCCGAGACCAAGUACGCCGCCGACAUCGCGGUGCUGCCCGUGAGCAAGCGGGUGGACGUGGUGCGCGUGUCGUGCAGCGACCGGCUGCCAGAGGUGGAGUACAACCAGCGCCACGGCACCACCACCAACGCAUACCUGCUCAAGAGCGGCGCGGGGGCAUGCGAGGCGCUGAUCGACGUGCCCAGCAAGGUGUUUGACGUCGACUUUGCCGGCCAGCUGCAGGCGGCGGGGGCGGCGGCCAGCCUGCGCCACAUCAUCAUCACCCGCCUCACUCCGGAGCGCCUGCCGGUGCUGGCGCGCGUGCUGGAGGCCGCCCGCAAGGAGGGGCUGCAGCUGCUGCUCUCCAACCCGGCCCUGCAGCUGCUCAACGAGCGAGCCGCCGCCGACGAGGGGCUGGCGGCUGCGCUGCGGGGCGUGCGGGUGGAGCCGCUGAACCGCGGCAGUGAGGUGCAGCUGGAGGGGGCGGCCGCUGCGCUGCGCUUUGUGCCCAUCCCCACCCCGCGCUGGCCAGACCUGGUGGCCGUGUACAGCGAGGACGACAACAUCCUGUUCAGCAGCAACUUCUUCUCCGCCCACACCUCGCUGGCGGGGGCGGGCGCCGCGGCCGACGGCGGCGGCUGGGACGCGUACGCCGCCGACUGGCGCAACUACUUUGACUGCAUGCUGGCCCCGGUGGCGCGCCAGGUGGCCACCGCCCUCGACCGCCUCAACAUCAACGCCAUGCGCUCCCCAGAGGCCGCUGGCGGGCUGGCGCAGGUGCUGGCCCCGCUGCGCCGCCUCACGGCGCUGGUUCAUGAGCUGACGCUGGGCGCGGACGACGGCGUGGCGGAGCCUCUGGCGGUGGCCGCCGUGGCGCCCAUGCACGGCCCCGUGGUGCGACAGUGCCUGACGGAGCUGGUGGGGAGGUACGCCGACUGGACGGCGGCGCAGGUGGAGGCGGCGGGCCAGGCGGCGGUGGCGGUGCUCUACGCCUCAGCCUAUGGCAACACCGCCAGCCUGGCGCAGGCCAUCAGCCGCGGCAUCACCAAGGCGGGAGUGGGCGUGGAGACGCUCAACCUGGAGCAGGCGGGGCAGGAUGAGCUGGAGGCGGCGCUGGACCGCUGCUCCGGCUUUGUGCUGGGCAGCCCCACGCUGGGGGGGCACAUGCCCACACAGGUCCAGACCGCGCUGGGCACCAUCCUGCGCAACAACAACGCCAAGCGCGUGCCGUGCUCCGUGUUUGGCAGCUUUGGGUGGUCAGGGGAGGCGGUGGACAAGAUGGAGCAGCGGCUCAAGGAUGCCGGCUUCCGCUUUGUGUUUGACCCGGUGCGCUGCAAGUUCAAGCCCACCCAGCAGACGCUGCAGCUGUGCGAGGAGAGCGGGCUGGACAUGGCGCAGGAGAUCAAGCGGGCACAGAAGCGGCGCGACCGCGUGGCGGCAGACAAGCUGUCGGUGGCGGAAAUGGCGUCUGGCAAGGCUCUGGCUCUGGGGCGCGUGGUGGGCUCGCUGUGCGUGGUCACCGCCAAGGACGGCGAUGCUCAGGGCGCCAUGCUGGCCAGCUGGGUCAGCCAGGCCUCCUUUGACCCCCCCGGCCUCACGAUUGCGGUGAAGCGGGACCGAGCCAUGGAGUCGAUGCUGCCCAUCGGCGCCUCCUUCAACCUCAACAUCCUGGCAGAGGGCAAGGAGCGGGCGGUGAUGAAGCAGCUGCUCAAGCCCUUCAAGCCCGCCGAGGACCGGCUGGCGGGCAUGGAGGUGGAGGUGGCUGAGGGCACAGGCGCGGCCAUCAUCCCCACCGCAGCUGCGUACGUGGAGUGCACGGUGGCGAGCCGCAUGGAGGCAGGAGACCACUAUGUCGUGUACGCCUCUGUGUCCAACGGCAAGGUGCUGGACGCGGCGGCGCAGAGCGCGGUGCACUACCGCCGCAUCAGCACCACCUACUGACGGGCCGCCGCGGCGACGGCCGCGCCGUGGCGAGGCCGCGGGGCCCGGCUGGGUCGAGCCAUUUCAUUUCGCAUUGCGCCAAGUUUUCCACCCUGCCCACCGCAUGCUGUGCUGAUUGAUUGACACCUGCCUCUGACCGGGCCAUCUGUACUCUACACUUGUUGUUGACCUCCAUGGAAAA